AUGCUCGUGAAAUUUCUCAUUGUCUGCACAACAACACUACUAUCCGGUGUUGCGCAAGCCGGCGUCACUCCAAACUUCAACUUCAACCAGCCGCAUGAUAUUAACGACAGAACACCAUGUUGUGUGGAUCGUUUAACAACAUUGACGUGUAGCAGAAUGAGAGUUAAUACACCAGCCAAGUUCUCCAAACGAUGCGCUAAUGACCCGGAUUUUGCCCUCAUUCAGUGUUGCUCGUCUUGUUUCGAUAGGCGAAGCUCUUUGAGCUCUGAGAAAUACAAUUUGGUAGUCAGACGACAUUUGGAGGACCCGAUGAAAGCUACGUGUAUAGAUCGAAGGGGAGGAGAUUGGUGUCAAAAAAUGGCUAAAAGAGAAAACUACUGGCAAGACGCGAGUUUCAGCACUAUCGGUGGAUGUGGAGCGUUUCCAUCCGCAUUUCGCGAGUGCCGGAACACAUGUGGAUACUGUUCAGCUACAAUGCAAAUGACUGUGGUGAAAUAUGAUUUUCAAUUAGCCACAAGUACACAGCGAUGUGACAUCAAAACGUAUUUUGCGAGAACUGAUGAUGAAAUGAGAAAGAAGCACAAUCCGGCAAGGAAAGAGUUCGACCCACUAGCUCGCCUAACAUGGAAACGACCAAAAGAUACCGAUUAUUUCGUGGUGGAGGAUCAUAACUACGAGGAUUUCAUGUAA